AUGUCUGAGCACGAUGCGCUUGUUUUAUCGUACAGUCACUUGGCCAAGCUCCCCAGAGCGAGCGAUGCACUGCAGACUUUGAAAAAGGUUGCUUCUCUCGUGAAACCUAUAAUGCGAGCCCGCAACUGGAAGGUUCGAGAGCUGGCCGAGUUCUACCCUGAACAGCAAAAUCUCCUAGGUCUCAAUGUAAAUCGAGGAGCGAAAAUAUGUCUUCGCUUGCGGCACGCCGGAGAUCGGAAUCAGUUUAUGCCCAUCGAAAACAUCGUCGAUACCAUGCUGCAUGAGUUGUCACAUAUUGUUCAUGGCCCCCAUGAUGCCAAGUUUCACGCUCUCUGGGAUCAACUUCGAGAUGAACAUCAAGGCCUGCUUCUCAAAGGCUACAGUGGCGAAGGAUUCCUCUCUGAGGGACGACGUCUGGGAGGUUCGCGAAUGCCACUGCUAGAGGCUCGUCGACUGGCACGUGAAGCUGCAGAGAAACGUCGAGUCCGUCCUGGUACUGGAUCAGGCAAGCGCUUGGGGGGAUCUGCCCCACGACCAGGCGAAGAUAUUCGAAAAGUUAUCGCGGAUGCUGCUGAGCGGCGUAGCAGGACCCUUAAGGGCUGUGGCACGGAUAACCUGAGUGAAAAUCAGAUUCGGAAUAUCUCUGAUACUGCCACAAAAAAUGGCUUCCGAACACAGGCCGAAGAAGAUGAGGCUAAUGAUGCAGCCAUUGCUCAAGCGUUGUGGGAACUCGUGCAGGAGGACAAAUCAGUCAAGUACGGCAGCUCGUAUAUUCCUCCCACGGCAGGCAAUCCAACUGGAAACGGGGGUGGAAGAAUAAUGCCAGUUGAAGAACACGGUGGUAAUGCACCAGAGGGAUCUAGAGAGCCUCGGAGUUGGACAUGCGGUACUUGCACUCUGCAAAAUCCCGUCAGCUAUCUUUGCUGUGAUGCUUGUGGGAUGGAGCGCUCCGCAAGGACACAGCCGGUCAAGAACAACCGCCGAUCCAGGUCGCCGACAUCUCGAAGACAACCUGCUGUUAUUGACUUGACACAAAGUCCGCCACGAGAUCGACGGCAUGCGACUACGACAUCGCUGGAUUCAAGGCCAGCAAGUACAACACAAGCAGAUGCCUCUCCAGCACCUCAAGUAUGGCAGUGUAGUUUUUGUGGGACGGAGAUGGAAAAGAUAUGGUGGACAUGCUCAACAUGUGGAAAAAUCAAGGACAUUUCACGAUAG